AUGGCACUUCUGAUUCUCCUGGUAAUGCUGACAGCAUGUGCUGCAAUGCCUCGAGAUCUCUCUGGCAAAAUGUUCAUCUUUCCACAAGAAACUGACACAGCUAAUGUGAGACUGAAUACAUCCAUGCAGAGCGUCGCAGCUGUGACGGCCUGUUUCAGGUCCAUUACAGACCUCAGCAGGAACCACAACCUUUUCUCUCUCUCCACACCCUCUUUCCACAAUGGCUUCCUAGUAUUCAAGGAAGCAGGAAGUAAUGUGAUUGACAUCUAUGUCAGAAACAACAGAGUAACAUUUAUAGGCCAGGAUUACAUGCUGAAUACAUGGCAGUCUAUUUGCACCACUUGGGAUUCCGAAUCUGAACUGGUGCAGCUGUGCCUUAACGGAAAGCCCUCAAUAAAGAAAUUCAUUUGUGGAUUGGUCAUCACUGAUCCAAUUGUUAUCGUAGGACAGGAGCAGGAUUCCCAUGGUGGAGGAUUUGACAUCAAUCAGUCUUUUGUUGGGAUGAUGUCUGAUGUCCACAUGUGGAACUACGUCCUUUCCCCUUGUGAGAUCCAGCGUUUCAUAGAAGAUCUGAACUUCACUCCUGGGAAUGUGAUAAACUGGAGGGCGCUGGAGUUCCAGGCCACAGGCAGAGUGCUAGUAGAAAAUAAGCUGACUUGUGAAUAA